AUGAAGAUUACACAGAAGAAGAUUGUGAAAAAGAAGCAGACGAAUAACGAAAACAAUAACAUUACAACUACUACGAAGAGUACCAAGAAGAGAAAGAAGACGACUACGAAGAUUACGAGGAAGAAUAAGAAAAAGAAGGAAGACUGUAAAUACUAUGAAGAAGAAGAUUAUGAAGAGGAGGAAGAAGAAGAUUAUGAAGAGGAGGAAGAAGAAGAUAAUGAAGGCGAAGAAAAAAAGACUACGAAGGAGAACAAGAACACUACGAAGGCUUUGAAGAAAAGGAAGAUUACAAGGAAGAAGAUGAAGAUAACAACUAUGAAGAAGAAGAAAAAGACUGAGGAAAAAACACUAGGAAGAGAGAGAGAAGAAGAAUACGACUAUGAAGAAGACUAUGACAGCGACAAAGAAAAUGAAGAAGAUGAAUGUGAAUUAGAAGACUAUGAAGAACAAGAACAAGAAUACAAGAAAGAACACUAUGAAUAAGAAAAGAAGACCAUGGAGAAGAAGACUACGAAGAAAAAGAAGAAAAUUUCGAAGAUUGCAAAGACGAAGAAUAAGACGAAAACGACGAAGAAGAAAAGACGCCAAUGAUGAAGGAUAAGAAGACUACGAAAAAAGAAGACUUGAUGACUGAGCAGAAGAAGAAGAAUACGAAGAAGAAAAAGAAGUAGAAAUAGAAGACUGUAAAAACAAGAUGUCGGAG